AUGGGUGUUAAAGAUUAUAGCAUUCGUCGUGGAGUUCAGUAUCGAGUUAUGGAAUUUGAUCAUCUGAAAUAUGUUGGGAGAUGCAAGGAGUUCGGAAUCGGCUGCACUUGGAUGAUCUGCGUGGCACUUCGGCAGCGCAAGGGUACCUGGGACGUUAGAAGGUACAACGGAGCCAACACUUGCCUGACCACAUCGAUUUCGAGCGACCACCGACAACUAAAUUACCACGUAAUUUGUGCGAGGAUCUAUCCGUUGGUUAGGGUAGAUUCUGCGGUUACCAUAAAGGUGUUGCAAGAAGCUACUGAGUCAACCUACGGAUUCAGGCCUAGUUAUAGGAAGGUGUGGAAGGCAAAGCAGAAGGCAGUCGCGCAAAUUUAUGGGGAUUGGGAAGAGUCGUAUACGAAGUUUCCCUGGUGGAUCCUUGGGAUGCAAGCAACGAUGGACGGAACCUGCAAGCCACUAAUCAGCGUUGAUGGAACGCAUCUGUAUGGAAAGUAUGGCGGGACUUUGCUUCUGGCUAUUGCGCAAGGUGGUAACUCGAACAUAUUGCCAGUUGCGUUUGCACUUGUUGAGGGAGAGAAUGUUGAGUCAUGGACUUUUUUCUUGUCCUACUUGCGUCAACAUGUGACCCCACAGGAAGGGACUCUGGUGAUCUCUGACAGACACAACAGCAUUAAGGCUGCACUUGAGGCACCAGACUGUGGUUGGAAACCGCCUCAUGCAUAUCGAGCGUAUUACAUUCGACACGUUGCAGCUAAUUUCGCUCUCAGUUUCAAGGGUCAGGAUGCAAGGCGGAUGCUUGUGAAUGUGGCGUAUGCUAAGACUGAGGCCGAGUUUGAGUACUGGUUUGAUAUUAUGAGGAAUGAGAAUCCGGCCAUGUGUGACUGGGCCAACCGACUGAAGUAUGAUAAGUGGACCCAACACCAAGAUGGAGGCAGACGGUUCGGCCACAUGACGACGAACAUAUUUGAGUGUGUUAAUUCUGUACUGAAGGGGACACGAAAUCUGCCGGUUACUGCACUUGUCAAAUCCACAUAUGAAGACUAG